AUGCUCUUCCCCAUCGCCACCUCUCCCCUUUUACGCAGAUUGGCAGCAGGGGGACAUGCUGCCAUCGCCAUCUCUGUGGAGGUGAGCGAGCAGGAGCUGGAGUUUCUGUCUGAGGACGUGGAGUCAGACAGCACAUCCUCUACGGUUAAGCUAUCCCUGCUUCUAAGAACGCAGUCUUUGGAAUGGUACUACAAUAACGUCAAAAGCCGAUUCAAGCGCUUUGGCAGUUCCCAGGUUUUGAAGAUGUUAUACAGAAAGCAUCAUGCAGAAAGAGGAGCCCUCUCGGACACAGGAGAGGAAAGCAUUCAUGAAGGAAGCAUUGACAAUGCAGAAAGCACCUGUGGAAGCGACUCCUUGUUUUACAGACAAAGUGAAGGGUACAGUAUGGCAGAAACCCUUACAGUCGCACUUCGAGUUGCAGAGGAAGCAAUAGAGGAGGCUAUUUCUAAGGCUGAGGAGUACAGGGGUAGUUUGGAGAAGCAAAAUGAGGCCCAUUACCUAUGUGAUAACAAAGAAGAACUAAUAGAAGAACUUGCCACUGCAAUUGUUCAAAAAAUUAUAAGGAGGAGAAAGGAUUCAGAGAUGCAGCCAGACUCCGAGAUGGAAUGGCCUCUCUUCCGAAGCCGUGGCCUGACAUCCCCGACAAUCUCUGAGCACAGUACUGUUACCUCUCAGACGAGCUGCAAGGGCUCCCACACCUUAUGCAGAUCUCAGUCUGCUUUCUCUCUCACCGGUGACAAACCUCCAGAACAGCCACUGGAUUCCAACUGGAAGUCUACUAUUUCUGAAGCAAUAUGGAGCAGGCAAGAGGGAUAUCCCAGCUUGAAAAAUGAUCCCAAGCAAUUUUGUCUUCCAAGCUGGAGAAGCAUGGAUAGGCUGGAUAAUUCUACUCCAUCUUCUGUUUUGCAAAGUUCUGAUGGGAACUGGAUAGCCCUGCAAAGCACAUUUCAGCCCUGCCCAAGUUUGGUGACCAAACCCAAAAGCCAGAUGUUCACACCUCUUGAAAAUAAGUCUGACAUUAUCUCUGCCUAUGAUGACUUGGGCUCAGAUACUGAAGAUGAAUAUGAUUUAAACAAGAUAAGGCGGCUGCCACAAAGGCUCUCAGGUGAAACCUACUUCACCUCCUCAUCCUCUGGGCAGUACACCAACACAGAGACCUUGUUCUCUGAUUCGGAAACUUCCUCUGUGCAUUCUGUGAAAGACUGCCUGCCACACAUCGGCAAGCAGCAGAUACUGAAGAGGAAAGGCCCAGACCAUGGCGAGGCACUUGAUAUCAACUUUAACCCACAAGCAAGUGGUUUGGGUACUGUGGACAGUAGCGAGGCAGAGGAGCCCAACAGGGAUUCUGUUAGGAGGUCUCGGCUCAGGAGGAAAAGCAAACCUUUGUCCAGAGAGCACGCCCACGACAGACAGAGCUAUCAAGCACAAUCUACAGCUGCCUACCAGUAUCUAUUUGCCAAGCAGAUCUAUGAUGAUUCACUGGGAGCAGGUGCUGUUAACAGAGGUUUCCUUCCACAAAGAGAAGCAGAUGCCUUGGAGAUGAAACUGAAGUCAAAGUUAUCUGAGCUGACUGCUAAUGUGAGCGAUAAUGAAUCUUCUUCAGGAGAAGAGAGGGAGCAGGAGGACAUCAGACUGACUCAGGUACCACUGGAGAGCUCCUGUUAUGAAGAGAGACAAAGCGUUCAGGAGGAUACCAGGAAGGAUGGAGAAAAUGCCUUCGGACUUACACACAAGCUACAGUUCUUAUCAUCAGUAUUACAACAGAAGUAUUCUGCUGUUUCUCUCUGCAACAUCACAACAGAGGUCCUCAAAGUGAUCAAUGCCACAGAGGAGUUGAUUGAGGAAGCUACAGGGGACGGUGACUCUCCGUCAAAACUGCAGGACAAGGGGAGACUCUGUGAGGGAACAGACGCUGAAAAACUUCAAGAACACCUUGCCAAACUAGAGGAAAAUGUCUAUCUGACUGCUGGCACUGUUUAUAGCCUUGAAGGACAACUGGGUGACCUGGAAGAAUGUGCACGCAGCAUUAACAGCAUAACCACUGAGAAUCAACUAGCUCAUUUGGAGGAUCAAGUAGCGUCAGCAGCAGCACAAGUUCACCAAGCAGAGAUCCAGAUAUCAGAUAUUGAGCUUAGUAUUUCAGCCCUUAAAAAUGCAGGUUUGAAUGUAACUGCAUGCAUGCAAUUGGCAGCACAAAAGGAACAAACACCAUGGCAGCCACAAACCAUAGAUACUUCGCGGCAACAGAGAAGAAAACUUCCAGCCCCACCAAAAGGAGACAAGAUCAGUCCUGCCCUAAUAGUAACUGGAAGAACCUUCAACAGAAACUCUAAGUUUCAAAGUCCGUCAGAACAAAGAAAUUUUAAUGAAAGGAAAAACAGUGCCAAAGACCACACAACACAGAAGCCAGAUGUGUGCUCAGAUUUAAUGUACUAAGACCACACUCCUACACUGCCAAGAACACACUGCCUACAGCUGUACACAACAGUGCCUUGAUUCAACAACCAUGAAAAGGCUUUAAUAGGAAAUGGACUCGCAAUAGUCCUAAUGUGGUCAUACUAAUGGAGCUCUACUUUGAUACCUCCCUGGGUUUAUCCUAAAUACUGCGGCUUUUCGAUAGAAAUUUGCUGCCUUAGUUAGAGACUUGCUUGAUCAAAGAUGGUGUGCUUUGGCAUUGGAAGCGCUUUUCCUUUUAUUUGUAUGCAAGGGUGGUGUUGAUGUUGUAAUCAUAUAUAUUUUUUAAAAUAGAUAUUAUGUGUAAAUAAAAAAAUCUAAAACUUUUGAUCAUUUUGAUUUCUAAGUAUGUCUGCUGUAAUGUACGGAAAGUAGACAUCACUGUGUGAAACUGAACUUUGCUAUCAGUUAGGGUUGUUUAUGCAAGUCAUUCUUUACAAUUUUAUAAUUCUUUUUUUUUUUUCUUGUUAAAUUGUUUAAAAAAAAAGAACAUAAUUUAAUUGUUUGGUAAUCAUUACCACUAACAGGUGCUGAUAGUGUCUGGGAAAUAUUUCAUUUUAUACAACCAGACCUUAUAAAGACAACAGGCACUAUUCACAAAGCUUUCAUACGUCAGUUAUUAAAGGUACUUUGAUGAAUAAAACGCUUUUAUAUUCAUGAAACAUAUGUUGUUGGAAAGCUGUGUUAAAUGUUAUAUCAGUAUCAAACUAUUUAUAGAAUCAAAACAUGUAAACAAAAUCCUUGAAUAACUCAUGAAUUAUGUUUGGUGGUUUUAAAGUGUUUUUUUUUUUUUUUUUUUUUUCUCAGCCAGUUAAAACCUUGUAUUUGACAAAUGGUGUGUUUAAAUAAUACUGUACAUGGCAGGAAUCACGUUUUCUGUUAAAAUCUACUGGCUGGUGGAGGAGCAGUUUAUAUGGGGUGUUCUAGAGAGGGAGCAGGGCAAGUACCUGUAAAGGAGUAAAUGUGAGGUAGGGCCAAGAUGUUUGUUUUCCAUCACAAAACCCCAGAAGCAAUAUCUGUUUUAUGGUUUACAGUAUUAUUAUGACAAUUCCUCAGACAAUAAUGCCCUUGGUAUAACCUGGAAUGGCUUUAACUUAUAUGCCAUUGGCAGUUGUAUUCCAGCUCUAUAACUGCUUUCAUAGGUAAAACAAAAUCGCAGUACUGUGUAUUGGGUAGAAGUAAAAACACCACUUACUCCACUUGCCAGUAUAACUUGUUUGCCCUCUGCUCAUGGUUUAUGGUCAUUUUAAUGCCAGAAGUGUAGUACAACUGAAAGGAAAGCUAUUGGUGGCUUUGAAGCAAAUACAAUAAUAGGCCUUUUGCACACUGGCCCCAUAGUUUAUGUUACACAGUUUAGCAUACAAAUACUAUGUAGUCUCGUUAAGCAAAAAUUGUCAUCUGUGCUAAAUGUAUGUCAGUUUAGUUAUCAAUUGAAUAUUGUUCUGUAUAGGUAUUGUAAAAGAAAAAAGUGUCAAAUGCUGUAUGUCAAAUGAGAAGCAAAUCUGUGAAAUAGUCGCAAACAAAGAUAUUUCCCUCUACAUAGUAUGGGGUUCUUUAGUGUAUCAUUAAUGUUUUGAAAGAUUUUAUUUUGU